CAUCGCUGGCUGCAGCCAGAGACCCGCACCAAGGAGCAGGUGUUGGAGCUGCUGGUUCUUGAACAGUUCCUGAGCCUCCUGCCUGAGGAAAUGCAGAGCUGGGUGCGGGAGCGUGGCCCGGAGAGCGGCCAGGAGGCUGUGGCCCUGGCAGAGGAUUUCCAGCUUGUUCCCCAGAAGCCCGGGUGGCAGCCCCAGGCGCGGGUGCCAGCCCAGGAAGGGGCCAGGGAUGUCGGUGUGGUGCAGCGGGCUCUUCUGGCCGAGCGGCAGAGGGCGCCCCAGGGGGCCAGCGGGCAGGAGAACGGCUGGAACGGCGGCUUGUUGGCUGCCACGCCGGGCGCCCCGCUGGCGCAGAGACCGAGCCUGGGGGCGAUCAAGCCAGCUGCUCCCCAGCCCCUGUGCAACAGAGUGGGCUCCAGGCAGGGACAGCAAGUGGAGAAUGGCUUAGAGCCACUGCAGAGCACCGGGCACCUGCGGCAAGCAGAGAAGAACGCUGCCCCAGUGCCACGCCCAGCAGCUGGGAAGGCGACCGAGCUGUGCAGUGCUGGCCCAGGAGAGCACGUGGGGACGGACGGUGUGCCACAAGGCAUAGCCACCAUUCAAGGGGACAGCAGUGUCUCGGAGGCUCAGAAUGGGGUCACACAGCUGCCUGUGCCCUGCGCCCCAUGUGAGCAGCAGGCACCUGCUGGCCUUGUGCGGAUGGAGUGCACCGGCUCCAAGGGUGACUGGACCUGUAGUCCCCAGCGCAGGAGCUCCGGACGUGCUUCCCUGGGGCUGGACGGCCCCUUGAUCGGGGAUGUCCUGGAGACAUCCUUGGACUCCCCAUGGGACGGAGAGGGCAGCGCAGACAGAGUGCCAGAGGACGGCGCAGCCUGCCCUGGGGCACGGCCCCGCUGCCUGGGCUGCACGGUACUGCGGGCCGAGCUGGACGCUGCGCGGGAGGAGCUGAGAAUCACCCAAGCUUCCACACUGUACGGGCUGAGUGGCACCCACUUGCAGGGCCUGGCUGAGGCCCUGGGCACCAUCUCGCGGAUCCUGAACGACAGGAGGCCGACAACGAACAAACCCCCCUGGGAUGCGUCCGAGAGCCUGGGCAUGGCCAUGACCCGACAGACACAGCUGUCCUGAAGCCCAAGUGCCUGGCGAGCAGCUGGCCGUGCCGAGGAGCUCACACGAUGUUCAGCAGCAGCAUCGGCAGCACCAGGGAGAAGGUGACGACCUCCCACUCGAUCCCAGAACCGCUAGCAUCGAGCCCCGUACUCGCGGCAGCGCCUGCAGCAGGGAGGCCUUGGACGGGACCUGAGGGGUGCUGGGCCGGCUGCCUGGGGGUGUUGGGAGCUGGAUCCAGCAGGACCCGUGCUGGACCGGCUGCCUGGGGGUGUUGGGAGCUGGAUCCAGCAGGGCCCGUGCUGAGCCAGGGCAGCUGGCGUCUCAUCACUGGACUUUCCAGGGAGCCUUUCCUACUCGACUGGCUUUUUGAUACAGUGUCCCCAAAGCCCCCUACUUUCCCCUUCACUUCUCAGGUUGGUCUCAAUAAAGCAAUGCGCAGAGCUCUGGGCCCGGUGUGUGCAGAGCAUGGGCAGAUAGAGCCCAUUGGUCUGUGCUGACUGUGGCUGUUGCUCUGGAACAGACUAUUUAGCUGUAUCUCCAUUGGCCCAGCAGCAGCCUGUGUUCUCAGUGGGAGUGCUGGGUGCUGAGUUCUUGUUACCACUUAGCCCCACUCUCUUGGCCUGUCACUGUGAUGGGGCAGAGGGGUUAAAGGUGAAUCCCCGCUCCUAGCACUACAGGGCAUGUGGGACAGUGCUGGCUCUGUCCCUUAGCGUGGCAUGCACCAGCCUGACCUUUGUUCCAAUGGAUCCACCUUCCUGGGAGAUAGAGCCUGGGGUGCCAGCUGCCUCCUUGCCUGUCAAUGCCCAGUACCCUCAGUGCAGACUCUGCAGUCUUCAUCCUUCUCCAGCCAGAGGAACCCAUCGCUUUCCUGUCUCUAGCCACCCCCAUUCCAGGGGGAGGAGAGAACGGGUUUGUGCUGAAGGGCUGAGAAUAGGUGUGUGCUGCUGUCCUCAGGGAACCCAGAACCGUGAGCCCCUCCACCUCAGCAAGAGGGAGCUUUGCUGGAGCUUCAAGUAUGUGGCAGCUCCCUGCCAUCCCAGUCUGUCCGCCUCACCAGCAAAUGCCUUGAGACUCUGUCAGUCUAAACCUUGCCUUGCACCCCAGUCCCUAGAGAUGUGUCUGCAGUGUCCAGUCCCUCUUACUGGGCACUCACAGAAACUAAGUUCGCUCCCUCCAAAGAGCCAGAGCCUGCACCUGCUUGUUCACUCAGCUGAGGUCUCACCCUUGAAUGCACAGUACUGAGAUGGUUUUGUAAUAAAACAAGAGGUUGAUAAAUAAAGAACACAGCUUGAAGUGAUACUAGGCAGGAAUAAGAGACAGAGAAGGAUUACAAACAAAAUAAAAAGAAUAUGCUUUCUCGUGCCUAAAACUUAAUGUUAGCAAACUGGAUCUUUGCCUAAA